CUGCACUCGGCGCCGCCACAGCCCCCACUGCCCGGGCCGCUGCCUCAGCACCCGCCCGUGCCACCCGCCGCCGGGCCACUCGCGGGACAGCCGCGCAAGAGCAGUUCGUCGCGCCGCAACGCGUGGGGGAACCUGUCCUACGCCGACCUCAUCACCAAGGCCAUCGAGAGCUCGGCCGAGAAGAGACUCACGCUGUCGCAGAUCUACGAGUGGAUGGUCAAGAGCGUGCCCUAUUUCAAGGAUAAGGGUGACAGCAACAGUUCGGCGGGCUGGAAGAAUUCAAUUCGCCAUAACCUGUCUCUGCACAGCAAGUUCAUUCGUGUGCAGAAUGAAGGAACUGGAAAAAGUUCUUGGUGGAUGCUCAAUCCAGAGGGAGGCAAGAGUGGAAAAUCCCCCAGGAGAAGAGCUGCGUCCAUGGACAACAACAGUAAAUUUGCAAAGAGCCGAGGCCGAGCUGCCAAGAAAAAAGCUUCUCUUCAGUCUGGCCAGGAGGGUGCUGGGGAUAGCCCUGGGUCUCAGUUUUCCAAAUGGCCUGCAAGCCCAGGCUCUCACAGCAAUGAUGACUUUGACAACUGGAGCACAUUUCGUCCUCGUACUAGCUCCAACGCGAGCACUAUCAGCGGGAGACUCUCGCCCAUCAUGACCGAGCAGGAUGAUCUUGGAGAAGGGGACGUGCAUUCGCUGGUGUACCCACCGUCCGCCGCAAAGAUGGCUUCCACCCUCCCCAGCCUGUCUGAGAUCAGCAAUCCUGAAAACAUGGAAAACCUUCUGGAUAAUCUCAAUCUUCUCUCAUCGCCAACAUCAUUAACUGUGUCCACCCAGUCUUCGCCCGGUGGCAUGAUGCAGCAGACACCAUGCUACUCCUUCGCGCCACCCAACACCAGUCUGAAUUCACCCAGUCCAAAUUACCAAAAGUACACGUACGGCCAAUCCAGCAUGAGCCCUUUGCCCCAGAUGCCUAUGCAAACGCUUCAGGACAGCAAAUCGACUUAUGGAGGAUUGAAUCAGUUUAACUGUGCACCGGGACUCUUAAAGGAGUUACUUACUUCUGACUCCCCUCCCCAUAAUGACAUGAUGUCACCAGUUGAUCCUGGAGUGGCCCAACCCAACAGCCGGGUCCUGGGCCAGAAUGUGAUGAUGGGUCCUAAUUCAGUCAUGCCAGCCUAUGGCAACCAGGCAUCUCAUAACAAAAUAAUGAAUCCCACCUCCCACACCCACCCUGGCCAUGGCCAGCAAACAUCCGCAGUUAAUGGGCGAGCCCUGCCCCACACAGUGAGCACCAUGCCUCACACCUCUGGUCUGAGCCGCCUGACCCCACUGAAGACAUCUUUACAAGUGCCUCCGCCUCACCUCAUGCAGAUGAGCACCCUGGGCGGCUACUCCUCGGUGAGCAGCUGCAACGGCUAUGGCAGGACAGGGGUCCUCCACCAGGAGAAGCUCCCAAGUGACCUGGAUGGCAUGUUUAUUGAGCGCUUGGACUGCGACAUGGAGUCUAUCAUUCGGAAUGACCUCAUGGAUGGAGACACUUUGGAUUUUAACUUUGACAAUGUGUUGCCUAACCAAAGCUUCCCACACAAUGUCAAGACCACGACACACAGUUGGGUGUCAGGCUAAGAGUGAGUGAGCAGGCUACACUUAAAAGUGCUUCAAAUUGUCGUGAUCGCAAGAACUGAAGAGAAGCAGUCCAAAGAUGCCCUUUACACCCCUCCUUUUAGUUUUCUUGAUUAAAAAAGAAAAAAAGGGGAAAAAAUCCUUCCUUUUCUUUUCUUUUCUUUUCUUUUUUUUUUUUCCCCUUUCGUCAGACUUGGCAGCAAAGAUACUUUUCCUGUACAGGAUGUUUGCCCAAGGUUUGCAGGUUAUGUGCUGCUGUAGAUAAGGACUGUGCCAUUGGAAAUUUCAUUACAAUGAAGUGCCAAACUCACUACACCGUAGAAUUGCAGAAAAGACUUUCAGAUCCUGGUGUGUUUUUCAAGUUUUGUAUAUAAAUGGUAGAUGAUACGGAAUUGUAUUUGUGAUUUUUUUUUUUAAUAUCCAUUUGGUCCAAGGAAAGUUUAUACUUUUUGUAAUACUGUGAUGGAUCUCUCAUGUCUUGCUAAGUUAAACUCUGGUUUGUACUACCUGUGUUCUGCUGAAGAAAUGAAUCACAAAGAACUGAGAUCUCCAUUCUGAACCUCACUGAACGGCUCUGGACCUGUUCAUAUUGCCACAGGAUUCACAUGAGAACCACGUAGCCUGUUAAUCAAUCUGCUGAAUUAAUGGACCUGUCAAACUUUUUUUGGGGGGGAGGGGGGAGGGGAUGGUUCAUGCCAGCCUUGUACAGGUCUUUUCUAUUUUUGUUGUUGUUGUUGGUCAGUUGUUUUGUUAUUUGCAAAUUUGUACAAACACUUAAAAUGGUUCUAAUUUCCAGAUAAAUGAUUUUUUGAUGUUA